UGGUGUCAAAACAAUAUCCUUUUUCAGCUUACUGUGCACUUCACUAUAGAAUUAGCAAAUACCUACCAGUGGUCCCUAAAAUGUAUUGACGACUAUUAAUGCCUUUGUGAAAUGUGUUUCCAUACUUUCACAACAAUAAGCUUCACAGUAGAGGGUGUACCAGCAGUUUCUUGAGAACUUUACCAUGGCUCGUGUGGCUGCUCUUGUCCUCUUGGUGGUCGUUCUGGCUCAGUUGGGUUCGUCCCAGGACGUCAACGCAAAAAAGGGAGACAAAGAUGAGAAAAAAGUUGCUUCAUCACUCAAGAAACUACAAGCGCAAAUGAAAGGGGCAACACAAAAGUUGGAAAAAUUUAAGACUCUUCAAGGUGAAAUGAAAGCCUUAGGGAAAAGCCAAAAGAAAAUGACUAAACGUGCUGAUAAAUUGGAAAACAAGCUUAAAGGAGACAAAGAUGAGGAAAAAGUUGCUUCAUCACUCAAGAAAUUACAAGCGCAAAUGAAAGAGGCAACAAAAAAGUUGAAAAAAUUUAAGACUCUUCAAGGUGAAAUGAAAGCCUUAGGGAAAAGCCAAAAGAAAAUGACUAAACGUGCUGAUAAAUUGGAAAACAAGCUUAAAGGAGACAAAGAUGAGAAAAAAGUUGCUUCAUCACUCAAGAAACUACAAGCGCAAAUGAAAGAGGCAACAAAAAAGUUGAAAAAAUUUAAGACUCUUCAAGGUGAAAUGAAAGCCUUAGGGAAAAGCCAAAAGAAAAUGACUAAACGUGCUGAUAAGUUGGAAAACGAGCUUAACGGUCUUGGGAAAUUAAUGAAGAACCUGAAAGCAGUAGCAAAGAAUGACCGAAUAAACCAAAAGAGACUGCAAUUUAUUGAAGCGGCUAUGAAAGGUAUUUCCAGAGCGGCAAAGAUAAAAGGUAUUUCCAGAGCGGCAAAGAUAAAAGGACAAAAGAAAACCACCAUUGCAAAAGAAAGCGCCACGUCUAAAGCAACCUCUAUUCUUGGGGUCAGGAUAAAAGGAAAACUAUUGGCAAAGGGCAAAGCUGCUCAAGCAAGAAACAAGGCCAAGCCAAAGUCUGCGAAAGCUAAAGGCACAACUGUUUCUCAUACAGGUUUGGCGAUGUUCCGAAAAAGCCUGAUGAGAAACCCGCAUGUUUCAGAUGUACUCCCCCGGAAGAGGAGAUCACUACUCGGAGGAAAAGGAUUGUUCAAGAACCAUCACAAGAUCGGGAAAUCGAUGAAAUUGAAGUUCAGUGCGAUGAAGAAAAGGCACCAGGAAAGAAUGGCAUCGAUGAAGAAAAAACUUAGUGAGAUGAACGCAAGGACAGCAAACAGAAUGUCGAAGCUAAAAGGAAAGAUUGAGGAUGAGAACGCAAGGACGGCGGAAAGAAUGUUGGAGCUAAAGGAUAAAAUUGACGGUCUAAUACACAGAAGGUCUGAUGAAAAUGAUUUGGAGUAUGACGAUGGUGACUACGGAUCUGCUGAGGACAUGGAAGCUGGUAAGGUUGAUGAAGAGGAUUUGGGCGAGGAAAAAGACAAGGGGAAAUCAGUGAAAAGAUCUCCAAAGAAGAUAUUUCAGGAUUUGGAGUAUGACGACGGUGACUACGGAUCUGCUGAGGACACGGAAGCUAGUAAGAUUGAUGAAGAGGUGUUGGAUUUGGGCGAGGAAAAAGACAAGGGGAAAUCAGUGAAAAGAUCUCCAAAGAAGAAAUGUCAGGCGAUGAAGGAAAGGCACCACAAAAGAAUGGCAUUGAUGAAGAAAAAAUUUAGUGAUUUUAAACAGAAAGCAGCAACUGAUUUGGCUGGAAUGAGAAGUACAUUUAAAGGUUGAUGGCGGAAUGCUACUUAUCAGGACACACAGCGGGAUACGUCGUCGUUAAUGAAACAAGUGUUGAUUAAUUAAUAAAGGCAGUGAUGCAAU